AUGGAGAACCAGAGCGAUAUCUCCGGCCGGCGCCGCCGCGAGAAGCCUUCGCCGUCGCCGUCUCGCCGGAGCUUGAAGAGGAAGCUCGAUGAGGAUCCCGACGGCGAUCGGCCGCAUCAGGAUCCAGCGCUCGAGGUGCGCGCUCAAGUCGAGAUCCUCGAUUCUGCUCUCUCGCCGUCAUACAAGGAUCGGUUGGCCGUGAAAAAGGCUAUCGACGUUCUUUCCUGCUUCGCGAGGAACGGUAUGUGGCCCGAGCAUCAACAUCACAUUGUUGAUGCAGGUGCUCUACCCUUUCUGGUGGAUCUUUUGAAGAGAUAUAGGGGUGUUUCAGAAUCUUGGGCAGUAAGUGGUGUUAUUAGGAAAGCAGCUAAUGCUAUCACUAACCUUGCUCACGAGAACGGCCACAUUAAAACCCGUGUUAGGGUUGAGGAUGGCAUCCCACCUCUUGUUGAAUUGCUUGAAUUUGCCGACUCAAAAGUACAAAAAGCUGCAGCUGGAGCCCUUCGAACCCUUGCUUUUAAAAAUGAUGAGAACAAAAACCAGAUUGUGGAAUGCAAUGCUCUGCCAACUCUUAUACUGAUGAUGCAUUCUGAGGAUACUGCCAUACACUAUGAAGCGGUUGGGGUCAUUGGGAAUUUAGUGCACUCAUCUCCAAACAUCAAGAGAGAAGUUCUUGCUGCUGGGGCUUUGCAACCUGUCAUUUCGUUACUUAGGUACGAUUGGUGUACGUACGCAAAAUUGCAAGGUAUUGUCGGAAGCGGCCGACGUCUGCACAUGCUGAGUCAGCGACGAUGCAUCCAGUGUCAAGAUUCUGUCAAUAAUAAGUGUACUGGAGAGAUUCAGGCGAUGCCGGAGGCCAAGGCAGCGGUAAAGGAUGUUGAGUUAUCCGAUCUGGUCGGGCCGCGAUAUGUGAGGAGGGAAGAUGUCGAAGGUGAUACGACGUCGCGAUGA